GAUGAACACAUUUGUCAAGUACAGUUAACUCAAGUUAAAUGCAGUUUUGGGGAUUUAUUGCACACAUUUUCAGGAAGGUUUUUAACUUUUUAUAGUAAUCAUGGGAGUGCAGGGACUGUGGAGGCUGCUGGAGAGCACAGGGAAACCCAUCAACCCUGAGACACUGGAGGGAAAGGUCCUUGCUGUCGAUAUCAGUAUAUGGCUGAACCAGGCAGUGAAGGGGGUGAGGGACCGUGAAGGCAACAGUGUCCACAACGCCCAUCUCCUCACUCUCUUCCACCGCAUCUGUAAGCUGCUGUUUUUCCGCAUCAGGCCAGUCUUUGUGUUUGAUGGGGAUGCACCACUGCUGAAGAAGCAGACUCUGACUCUGAGGAGGCAGAGGAAGGAGGAGCUGAGCCGAGAGUCCAAACAGACCAAUGAGAAACUCCUCAAGACAUUCCUGAAGAGACAAGCUAUCAAAGCUGCACUUGGAGACCACAGUAAGGACCCUCUACCCAGCCUCUCCAAUGUGAGGAGAGAUGAGGUGGACGACAUGUACGUCCUACCAGCCCUGCCACCUGCAGAGGAGAAGGAAAAAAGCAGUUCGGAAGAGGAGGAGGAGGAGUCGGAGGAGAUGUCUGACAGUUAUCACAUGUAUCAGGGGGAAAUGUAUGAAGACCCCAACUCUAUGGACAUCAACUCAGAGGAGUUCGCCAGCCUGCCUCCUGAAAUGAAACAUGAGAUACUCAAAGACAUGAAAGAGUUUUCCAAAAGACGCCGGACCAUGUUCCACAAACCUCCAGAGUGUUCAGGAGACUUUUCCCAGUACCAGCUGGCCGGUCUGCUGCAGAGGAACCGGCUGAAUCAACGUCUGGUGAGUGUGGAGAAAGAGAUGAACCAGCGGACCGCCGGUGGCGCCCCACAGCUGUACGAGCAGGACGGGGAUCAGCAGAGCCACAACAUAGAGUCACACCGACUGGUUUCAGAAGACAAUUCCCACUAUAUCCUUAUUAAAGGCUCCAAAAAAAGUGAGAAAGCCCCGGAGAGUCAACCCGCAGUAGCACCCUGGUCUGGAAGCUCCCUGUCAGGCAGUAGGAGGCGUGGAGCGGACAAACCUAAGCCCUUGUGGCGUCCUGUUUGUGAGGAAGAGGAGGACAUGUUGGGCUCCUCUUCAGAUGAAUCUAAACCCUCUGUAUCUAAACCGUCCAUUUCCACUCAGGAAGAGACAUCACCCCCCUCGCCUCGCACACUCACAGCUAUCCAAGCUGCGAUGAACGACAGCUCAGACGAGGAGAAGGUUGACCAGAAGGAGAAGGAUGGCGGUGUGUCUCCACGUACUCUGCUAGCCAUCCAAAAAGCUCUGGAAGAGGAAGAGGAGCAUGCAGCAGAGCGUAGGACUCUAAUCAUUAGCUCACCCACCAAGCCACAAGUGGAUAUUUGUCACCCUGUCCAACAAGUGGUCAUCAGCAGCUCAGAGGAAGAGACCGAACCCGAUGUUCUACCAAAUGCUAAUUCUUUAUCCAAUAUAAAAUCCUAUUUUAAGGAGAACCCAAUAGACCAAAGUUUACAUGUCAAAGAUAAUUUGUUAGUAAGUAGUUCUGAAGAUGAGAUGGAGGAAGUUAUUGGAGAGAGAAAUAAAGCGCUUCACUCUGUGGUGUCACAUCAACCUCACAGAGGAUCAGACGGACCAAAAGAGUUAGAGAGACAAAAAGAGGUACAGAUGACAUCAGGAGAGGAGGCGAGGAAAGAAAAGUUGAUAGAGAAAUUAGACAAGCCUUUCAAAAAGACUGAAACUGAUCCUUUAAUACCAGCACAAAGAGGAAACAUGUCCAUUGUUCUACAGGAGCAACGUGCAGAUGAUGUGAAGUCGGAAAGCAGAGAGGAGAGCGAGUCAGAAGAGAGCUUCAUCGAGGUAUCAGAAGAAGAACCUCAAGAGGAAGAUGCAGAUGAGGUCAGUGAUGAUGAGAUCAAGCAGGAAGAAAAAACAGAGGAAAGUCUGACCGAGGCUCCCAGUGGUGUGACUGCUGCUUCGAAUUCAGAGGAAGAAGAGGACAGCGAAGGGCAAGAUGAAGAUGAGGAGGAGCUAAAGGAGGAAGCAGAGGCAGAAACCAGUUUAGCUCCAGUAAUCAAUGAGUUUGAACACGUUGAUCUGGCUGAGCUGGAGGCUCUGGAGAGCUCUCUGCAGGUGGAGCAGAGCAACCUGAGGGAGCAGAAACAGCAGCAGGAGAGGAUGGCGAACACAGUCACGGGACAGAUGUACCUGGAGAGCCAGGAGCUGCUGAGGCUGUUUGGCGUGCCGUUCCUGGUGGCUCCGAUGGAGGCAGAGGCUCAGUGCGCGGCACUCGACCGAGCGGACCAGACUAACGGGACCAUCACAGACGACUCGGAUGUGUGGCUGUUUGGAGGGCGACACGUCUUCAAGAACUUCUUCAGCCAGAACAAAUAUGUCACACAUUUCCAGCUGAGCGACCUGCAGAACCAUCUAGGUUUGGACAGGAGCAAACUGAUAAAUCUGGCUUACUUGCUCGGAAGUGACUACACAGAGGGCGUGCCAGGGGUCGGAUAUGUCACUGGUAUGGAGAUACUGAACGAGUUCCCUGGAUUAGGAUUGGAGCCAUUAAGAGAAUUUAGUCAAUGGUGGUUGGAGGCUCAAGAGAAAAAGCGCUUGGUAGCUAACCCUCGGGACACUAAAGUUAAGAAGAAACUGAGGGAUCUAAAACUGCAGCCCGGGUUCCCCAACCCUGCGGUGGCUCAGGCUUACCUACAACCUGCUGUGGACCAGUCGGAGGGCUCCUUCAGCUGGGGACGUCCACAACUCGAUAUGCUCAAAGAAUACUGUCAGAGUCGUUUUGGCUGGAGCAGUCGGAGAACUGAGGAGACUCUUCAGCCAGUGAUGAAGCAGCUCAACACCCAGCAGACUCAGCAGCGGAUCGACUCAUUCUUCCGCAUGGAGCAACAAGAAAAGCAGGCGAUCCGAAGCCAGCGUCUCCGCCGUGCAGUCACCUGCAUGAAGAGAAAGGAGAGAGAAGAGGAAGAGGAGGACAUCGAAGAGGAGAAGGAAAUGGCUUCACCAUCUAAAUCUAAGAAAGGAAAGUCAGCCGGCCAGAGUCAGAGGAAAGGAAUAAAAGGAGGCCAGAGGGAAGAGGAGAGGCCAGUGGCCGGAGGAGGGUUUCUGGGAUCAGAGGUAGUAGCUGAAACUCCUCUUACACCUGUGAAGGAUGUGAGCUCUUUCAACCAGGAGGCCCCCUCAGUAAAGGCUGCUGUCCCUCAAUCUACUAAGGCUGUCCCACAGAGAGAGAUGCAGAGGGGAGAUGCAGAGGCUACUAAGGCUGUCCCACAGGGGGAGAUGCAGGGCAGCAGCAGCAGCUCUGGUGAGGACAGUGAUGACACUGGUGUAGUUGCCAUGGUUACAGCCCGAUCUGUGUUCGAGGGCAGCCGACGAGGACGUGGCGCUAAAGGCACAAGAGGGAGAGGGAGAGGAAGAGGAAAGGGAAAGAAGCCAUGAGAGGGAAAUGAACUUACAUUUUUGUAUUUAUUUGGUAAAUAUUCAUGUGUAAAUUUAUCAUGAACUCAUUAGCAGUG